AUGCCACCUCAUGUUCCGCGCAAGCGAUUGCGCGGGUCGCCCGAUAAAAAGGAACCCAAGUCUACAAUUGCGACGUCGAGCAAGCGGAAGCCAACAUUGUAUGAUGACUUAGAUGCCCUUGCAGCACCAUCAUCCGGAAAGACUUCUGGGUCUUUUUUUGAGAGCCUAAAUGAUGGCAGUGAUAGCGAAAGCUCCCUUUCGUCAUUAUCCGAUGAGGAUUUCGAGGACGUGCCUCUUGCAAAACGACCGAAGCUCGGCCCAGAAGCAUCAGAAGACGACGAAGAGGACUUCGAAUUUGAGGACGUUGAGGCUCCGACUCCGGUUGACUCAGCCGUGCCAGUUGUGUCUGGUGACCUAGAGCUGACGCUAAACAAAGAUACUCGGCUGUCACUGACAAAUGUGUACGGUGAUAAGAGAGGCCCUUCAAAACGCGAGAGAAAGGUGCGGAAUGCUACUCAUGGCAUUCACGUUCUUUCCCUUCUUUGGCACAAUGCUGUACGAAAUUCAUGGUUGUGUGAUCCUGAAGUUCAGGCAAUUAUGAUUUCUCAUCUGCCACCUAAGAUGUGGGAUGAGAUUGACCGUUGGAGGCAAAAUUCUGGUCUUGCCAAACCGUCCGCCAACUCUGGUUCAUCAAAUCGCAAGUCCAAGGGCAAGUCCAAGGGAAAAAAGAAGGAGCAUGAGCCUCGUGAUUGGGGUUCUGCAGCAAAACGACUUGAGGAGGGUGCCAUUGACAUGAGCCAUGGCGACCCUCUGUUCCGGUUGAUGAAAUCCCUUACUUCGUGGUGGAAGCAACGGUUCAAAAUCACCGCCCCAGGGUUGCGGAAAUGGGGCUACAUGGCAUUGGAGAGGCUUGACAGACUGACCAAGGCAUACAAAGAAGAGUUCGACGAUGUCAGUCGGUUUGGGGAGAAAGUAGCCAGCUUGGAAGAGUUUCGGCAAUAUGCUAUAAACUGUCAGGGUAGCAGAGAUGUUGGAGCGCAACUCUUUACUGCGUUAUUACGUGGUAUUAACCUCGAGGCUAGAAUGAUUGCCAGUUUGCAGCCUUUGGGCUUUGGCUGGAACCGCUUAGAAGAUGCGGAUCCAGAGCCGGGUCCGAACGAACGGAAUGCAAAAGAUGUAAAACCCGCGAGGCCCAAAUCGAAAAACGAUUCGAAGAAUACGACGAAGACUGGUCGUGGAUCCCAAGCAACCGGUUCAAAGAGAACACGGCCGAGCCGUUCAGCAACUUCACUCGGGGGCAAAGCAGAUGGCAAGGAUGAUUUAAAAGUAGAGUACCAAGACACUGAUGACGAAUCCAUCGUGGAGUUUGAAACCACUUCAACGAAGUCCAAAAAGUCCGCUCCCAAAUUCGAUCAAGAUCUAGAGUACCCCCAUUACUGGAUAGAAGUUCUGUCGCCUGUUACCAAAAAGUACUUGUCCGUGGAUCCAAUCAUAAAGAAUCUCAUUGCGACUAAUCGAGAAAUCACUGAAGCGUUUGAACCCCGGGGCCAAAAAGCAGACAAGGCUCGACAAGUCACAGCUUAUAUUGUUGGAUACUCGCCUGAUGGCACGGCAAAAGAUGUGACAGUCAGGUACCUAAGAAAACAAGUACUUCCAGGUCGGACAAAGGGUGUCCGGAUGCCAAUAGAAAAAAUCCCAGUCUACAACCGGCAUGGCAAAGUAAAGCGCUAUGAGGAGUUCGAUUGGUUUAAAUCAGCCAUGUCGGGAUACAGGAGAGGCACAAAAGCCCACCCUAUUACCGAAGUAGAUGAGGUCGAGGAUUCAAGCGACCUAAAGCCCGCAAAAGCAGAAAAGAAGGAAGUGAAGGAAGGUGAAGAAACGCUUCAAUAUUACAAACAGUCCAAGGAAUAUGUUCUCGAAAGGCAUUUGAAGCGAGAGGAAGCAUUGAAACGUGGCGCCGAGCCAGUUCGGAAAUUCAGGCACAAGGCAAAAGGAGGCAAGAUUGAAGAGGAAGACGUUUACCUACGAUCAGACGUGCUACACGUCAAGAGCGCGGAAACUUGGCACAAACAGGGUCGCGCUCCUCUGGCAGGAGAACAACCUCUUAAAAGAGUCCCAUAUCGCGCCGCGACAACUAAUCGGCGUAGGGAAAUUCUUGAAGCUGAGGCUGCCACUGGGCAGAAAGUGCUACAAGGGUUGUAUAGUUAUGAACAAACGGAUUGGAUUAUUCCACCCCCUAUUGAGAACGGUAUUAUUCCCAAAAACGAAUACGGCAACAUUGACCUCUUCGUUGAGCACAUGUUGCCUGAAGGCGCAGCGCAUGUUCCUUUCAGGGGCGCAAUCAAAGUGUGCAAGCGUUUAAAGAUUGACUACGCAGAAGCUGUUAUCGACUUCGAGUUUGGACACCGAAUGGCAGUUCCUGUCAUUCAAGGUGUUGUUAUUCCAGAAGAGCACCACGACGAUGUUAUGGCGGAGCUUGCAAAGGACGAAGCAGAACGCAGAAGGAAGGAGGACGAGAAGCGGCGGAAAGCUGCGCUUGGACAAUGGCGAAAGUUCAUCAUGGGUCUGCGAAUCGUGGAGAGAAUUAGACAGGAAUAUGGUGAGGUUGAUGAGAGCGUGUCGGUAUUUGGGCAUGGCAAAGCGGGCGCAUCAAAAGAUCAUGUGCAUUCUGCCGCCAUGAUGCAAGAUGAGGAUACGGCUGGUGGGUUUCUUCCGGAAGGAUAUGAAGAGGAUCAUGAAGAGGAGCAGCAUCAUACAUCGAGUUUCUUCCCCGUUAGUCAUGAUGAUGAUGAUGCGGCUGAUGAUGCCGGAUUGACCAUAGAGCAUCACUAG